AAUAUAUAGGAAUUUUUGCUGAAAAUUCAAUUAAAUUUUGUCUGAUUAUAUGAAAUUAGUUCAAUUACUACUUUAAUUAUUUAGAAUUUCGUUUUAAAUUUUGCGGAUAAAGCACUUAAGAUUUGGUUGUAACCAAUAUGGUUAACGGACGUAUACCUUCGGUCUUUUCCAAGACCUAUGUGACGCCGCGUCGUCCUUACGAAAAGGCACGCUUAGAUCAGGAAUUGAAAAUCAUUGGAGAAUAUGGUUUACGUAAUAAACGGGAGGUAUGGCGUGUAAAAUAUGCUCUAGCUAAGAUUCGUAAGGCUGCUCGUGAAUUGCUGACUUUGGAAGAGAAAGAUGAAAAGAGAUUGUUUCAAGGUAAUGCUUUGCUGCGCCGCUUGGUACGUAUUGGUGUAUUGGAUGAAACGCGCAUGAAACUGGAUUAUGUUUUGGGUUUAAAAAUCGAAGAUUUUUUGGAGCGACGUCUGCAGACUCAGGUCUUUAAAUUGGGUUUAGCUAAAUCCAUACAUCAUGCCCGUGUCUUGAUACGUCAACGUCAUAUCCGUGUACGCAAGCAAGUGGUUAAUAUUCCAUCCUUUGUUGUGCGUUUGGAUUCGCAGAAACAUAUUGAUUUCUCUUUGAAAUCGCCAUUCGGCGGCGGUCGUCCUGGUCGUGUUAAGAGGAAGAAUAUUAAGAAAAACCAAGGAGGUGCAGCUGGCGCUGAAGAAGAAGAAGAUUAAAUAUGAUUAAAUAAUUUUUUAAAUAUAAAAAACUUCAAAUAUGGUUCAUACAAAA